AUGCACGCCGCGACCGCGUCGACGACGCGCGCGCGCGCCGCCGCCGCCGCCGCCGCCGCCGCCGCCGCCGCCGCGCGGCGUCGACCGGCGCGCCUCGCGUCGCGCGUCGCGCGGCGACGCGACGCGCGCUCGUCGACGUCAUCGACGCCGCGCGCCGCGAACGCGAAUCACAGCCACGACGACGCCCCCACUUCCGCGCCGGGCUGGGCGUACGACACCCUGGGCGUGGACGUCACCGCGUCGAAGCGCGCGAUACGCGUCGCGUACCGCGCGCUCUCCAAGGACGCGCACCCGGACGCGCGCGGCGGCAGCGAGGCGAAGUUCGAGCGCCUCAAGGCGGCGGCGGACGCGCUGACGGACGACGAUCAGCGCGCGGCGAUCGACGCGUCCAUCUUGGACUGCGCGCUGGAUUCGCUAACGAUGCAGGAGCUGACGUGGUCGCGCGCGCUCGCCGCGCUCGCGGAGGCGGAGGAGGACGGCGAGGUGCGCGGCGCGGACGCGGUGCUAGCGGCCGCGCGCGCGUACGCCGCCGCGGAGAGGGCGCUUGAGCGCAUCGCGGCGCAGAAGAAGAGGGAGAAGGAGACGGCGCAGAUCGCGAAGAAAGAGGCGGCGCUCGCGUCGGCGACGGCGAAGCGCGCGGAGGUCGCGAAGCGCGUGUCCACGACGCUUAACGGCACGGACGCGAGCGUUACUUUAACCAUCACGCGAGAGAUGCUGAGAGACGCGGAGACGACAGAGACGGUGGACGGGCACGUCGUGCGGACGUUCGUCGUCGACGCGGAGACGGAGAGCAACUGCGCGAAGUGCGACGGGUGGGGAGAGAAGGAAGGGCACUGGACGCCCGCGCUCGAUAAGCUGUGCCCGCGGUGCGACGGGAAGGGUCGAGUGAUUAAGAAGAAGAAAGUGAGAGUCCCCGUGCGCGAUGGCGUGCGCGACGGCGAGGUGAUCACGGUGUUCGGAGAGGGCGACGGAGGGUUCACGAGACCGAAGGUUAGUCGGGGUGGAGUUCCUCACACUGGUUCCCAUACGACCCCGUUCGCGUGGUGA